CCCAAACAAACAUCAGCCAAACCUAUAUUUGCCGACUGACUGACCAUCAUCACAUCAAUCAACCGUGUCCCAAAUUUCUUUACUUUUUAAUACAUCUAUAUCUGUAUCGAUAUAUACAUAUAUAUUACAGUAACAAUUUCUUUUAGAUUUUCUUCAAGAAUAAUUAUAAAAGAGCUUCACAAUGAGUCGUUACGACAGCCGUUCCGGCGACCCCAGCUCAUACCGUGACCGGAGAACUGAUUCAGGGUUCGGUGGAGGUUCUAGUGGUGGUGGUAGUGGACAUCAUCUAUCAUCUAGCAAGAGGGACUUUGAAAGUUCGGAGCCACAACCGAAGGUGGAUUUGGAUGGAUUAACUCCUUUUGAGAAGAACUUCUAUGUGGAAUCUCCCAAUGUUGCAAAAAUGACUGAGAGUGAGGUGGAAGAGUAUAGGAGAAAAAGAGAAAUCACUGUUGAAGGUCGCGAUGUUCCUAAGCCUGUUAAGACAUUCGCUGAUGCAAGAUUUCCAGAUUAUGUUAUGCAAGAAAUCGUCAAAGCAGGCUUCACAGAGCCUACUGCAAUCCAAGCUCAAGGAUGGCCAAUGGCAUUAAAGGGUCGGGAUCUCAUUGGAAUAGCUGAAACAGGAUCUGGAAAGACCCUUUCUUAUUUAUUGCCUGCCAUUGUGCAUGUUAAUGCACAACCAAUCUUAUCUCACGGAGAUGGUCCAAUCGUAUUGGUCUUAGCUCCGACUCGUGAACUUGCUGUACAGAUACAACAAGAGGCAACUAAAUUUGGUGCAUCUUCAAAGAUAAAGAAUACUUGCAUAUAUGGUGGGGUUCCAAAGGGACCUCAAGUUCGCGAUUUACAGAAAGGUGUUGAAAUUGUUAUUGCUACGCCCGGAAGGUUGAUUGAUAUGUUGGAGUCUCAUCAUACAAACUUGAGAAGGGUCACUUAUCUUGUGUUGGAUGAGGCGGACAGGAUGUUAGACAUGGGUUUUGAACCUCAAAUGAAGAAAAUUGUGUCGCAGAUACGGCCAGAUCGUCAAACCUUGUAUUGGAGUGCCACAUGGCCGAAGGAAGUUGAGCAAGUUGCAAAACAGAUCCUUUAUAACCCAUACAAAGUGGUAAUUGGGUCUUCAGACUUAAAAGCUAAUCAUUCAAUUCACCAGCAUGUGGAUAUUGUGACCGAGAAUCAGAAGUAUAACAAAUUGGUGAAACUGCUGGAUGAUAUCAUGGAUGGUAGUCGAAUAUUGAUUUUUAUGGACACUAAAAAGGGGUGUGACCAAAUUACUCGUCAGCUCCGGAUGGAUGGUUGGCCUGCAUUAUCCAUUCAUGGAGAUAAAAGUCAAGCAGAAAGGGAUUGGGUUUUAUCUGAGUUCAAAGCUGGCAAAAGUCCAAUAAUGAUGGCCACAGACGUUGCAGCCCGUGGGUUAGACGUGAAGGACGUGAAAUAUGUGAUCAAUUAUGACUUCCCUGGUUCACUUGAAGAUUAUGUUCAUCGGAUUGGCCGAACAGGAAGAGCCGGGGCAAAGGGGACAGCAUACACCUUCUUUACAGCAGCAAAUGCUAGGUUUGCUAAAGAACUUAUUGCCAUCCUUCAGGAGGCUGGUCAGAAAGUCAAUCCUGAUCUAGCAGCGAUGGGUCGUGGUGCACCUCCUCCUCCUGGACAUGGUGGUUUUCGUGAUCGUGGGCGGGGUUAUAGCGGCGGACGAUCUUGGAACUGAUUAACUUUCAAAAAGAAAACAUACGAGGUUACCAACAAGUGGAUACUAUCCACUUGCCAACAAGCGGGGUUAUAUAAUAAUGUGCUCCUCCUGCACGUUUGAAACUGGUUUGCUGGUUCUUUUAUAUGUUCACUUCUUUAAACCAUUGUUAGUAGUGCAGUUAGAGCGUUGUGGUCGUGUAUCAAAGAUAGAAUUCACCAAGUAGAACUUUUGAUUAUAUGCUUGCGGGACCUUCAACCUAUUUUCAGACUUGAACUAGUGUUUAUCGUGUCAAGAAUUUCUUUGCUUCAGACUUAUAAUCCACCUGGUUCAUGACUUCUUAAACAUAUGUUUCGUUGACUAUCGCCCGAAUACCCAAGACUGUUCAUCCAUCCUGGCAUAAUACAAGGACCUUGAACCUAUUUUCGGACUUGAAACUAGUGUAUGGUGUCACAGAUACCUUUACUCCAUACUUAUGUAAUAUUUCUGGUUCAUGAGUUCUUUGAUAUAUAUCUGGUUGAGUAUUGGCUGAAUUUCCAAACUGUUUAUCCAUCCUAGUAGAAUAUUAUAAGGCUUGGAAAGAGUUGUAUUAUUAAUUUAUUAUUAUCUAUAUAUUCAACUGAAGACUAAA